CUGAGUCUCAUACUUAUACUCGUAUCCAUAAUACAUAUAGAUUGGAUAUCAUUCACCUCGUUACUUGCACGAACGUACCCAUUAACAAAUCGAUGGGAUACUAGAAUAAUACUCUUGUUCUCAGUUGUCAUUACCUUAUCGGAUUAUAAUGCUCUUUUUGGAGAAAGAAGUCAGGAACUGGGCGAUAACUGCAGUGUGGUCGAAAAUGACUACCUCGCGGACAAUCGUAUGUUUGGAUUACUGAAAGGUGUCAAUCUCUGGAAGAGUCAUCAUCUAAAUGUCUUCAAUGACACUGUUGUUGGAGUAGCUACUCGUUUGCCCUACAGUAUACAAGCAAAAGUUCUAAAUGUGAACUACAUCCGCUUUGGUGUAUUUGUAGCCGGAAUACUUUUGUUUCUUUUUGCCCGGCGGCUAGUCAGAAAUGCAUGGAAUUUGUACUGCUCUUUAGGUCCAAGAAGUAUCGGUAGGAGCCAUAACGAUCUUGUUACUGCACCAAUUCACAAAAUCUUGGCUUGGAUCAUUUCUAGGAGGAAAAAGCUAUUUCCCCCUAAACGACGGUUAUUGACGAUGGAAGAGUAUCAAAAAGAGGGACAAGAGACAACAAGACGAGAAUUGGAACGUUUGCGACAAUACUGUCGUAGUCCUGAUGCAGAUGUGUGGAGCAUUACCAGUAAAGUACGUGAUCCAAGAAGGUUCGCUCGCUUUAUUGAUGGGAAAGAACAGCAUGUGCUUGAAGAAGAGGAAGACCUGUAUGAAUCUGAUGCGGAAUACUUAGAUCGUGAUGAUGAUGAAGAAGAAGACGGACAAGAGACAACAAGACGAGAAUUGGAACGUUUGCGACAAUACUGUCGUAGUCCUGAUGCAGAUGUAUGGAGCAUUACCAGUAAAGUACGCGAUCCAAGAAGGUUCGCUCGCUUUAUUGAUGGAAAAGAACAGCAUGUGCUUGAAGAAGAGGAAGACCUGUAUGAAUCUGAUGCGGAAUACUUAGAUCGCGAUGAUGAUGAAGAAGAAGACGUUGAAGAAGGCCAUGAUGAUGGAAAUAAAGGAAAUCCUACUAGUCGAGAAAUCUAUGAUGAAGAUGGUAAUGAGUGGGAAGAAGAAGUCAUUAUCAGGCGGACACCCAGAAGUCGGCCUGAGAAUUAUGUUGUUAUGAAAAAUGAUGAUGAUGAAGAAGAAGACGUUGAAGAAGAUUAUGAUGAUCGAAUUAAAAGAAAUUCUACCAGUCGAGAAAUCUAUGAUGAAGAUGGUAAUGAGUGGGAAGAAGAAGUUAUUGUUAGGCGGACACCCAGAAGUCGGCCUGAGAAUUAUGUUGUUUUGAAAAAAUCCUCAUCCAAACGGUCAAAUCCUUUUCCUCAAAAUGGUUCUCGUUUGGCUACACCUCAGGCGAGUUCUCCAUACUAUCGAGACAGUCCCCGACAAAAUUCUGCUCGCUUUGUAUCACCAGUAUCACUGAAUAAGCGAUAUCAAGCAAGGAGAAAUAGAGAGGAUUUGGAGUACGACUCGUCAUUCGCUCGCAAUUAUAAGCAGAGGCAAGAAUUAGCAAAACCCGUGCAAGGGUAGGU